GUCGUCAUUUUGACAUUGAUGUACCUACUUACCGUGUGAAUAAUUUUGAGAUAGAAAAGAAUGGGUUUUAUUGAAAUCUGAAACAAACAAUGAAAUGAAUCAACACAAUUUAGUGUUCACUAACUUUUACAAUUGAAAACUGUUCUUAAUUAAAACUGAAGAACCUUAUAUAUAAUGGCAUCAAGAUGUUUAAAGUUGUUAAGUGUCUUUCGGCAUGCCGGGAGCGUUCAUCGUAAUUUAUCUUCUGUAAUUGCAAUCGAAUCUAAAGAAAAAAUAUCACGGGCAAAAGAAUAUAACACAGAAACCAAUCUAAAGUAUUUUGGAGACCCAGACACAUUUGGAACUUUGUCCAGGAAAAUUAACGUAGAAGAAGAAGUUACAGAAAAAGGCGACAUCUUAGAGGAACAAUUUCUCCAAAAUGUACCUGUGUCAUCUCAAAAGCUUACAACGAGGCAGUAUGCAGAUUUAAUUAAGCAAUAUUUACGCCACAAAAGACUUAAAGAGGCUAUUGAUGUGUUAGAAGUCAGAAUGUUAACAGAAAACAGAGUUAAGCCCGAGAAUUAUAUCUACAACAUUUUGAUUGGAGCAUGUGCUGAUGUGGGGUACACUAAAAAAGCUUUCAAAUUGUUUAAUGAUAUGAAACGCCGAGCACUUCAGCCCACUGGUGAUACCUAUACAUGCCUAUUUCAUGCCUGUGCUAAUAGCCCCUUUCCUUCAUAUGGAUUACAACAAGCUCUACAUUUGAGGUCACUUAUGAUCGAGAAAGGAGUUGUACCUAACUUAACAAAUUACAAUUCUAUGAUAAAAGCAUUUGGCCGUUGUGGAGAUUUACCAACUGCAUUUCAAAUUGUAGAUGAAAUGAAAUCUCUAAAGAUAAAAGUUAGAGUUCACACAUUAAAUCAUCUUUUGCAUGCAUGCAUAGCUGAUAAGAGCAGUGGAUUGAGGCAUGCCCUCAUUGUUUGGAGGAAAAUGUUGAAGUUGAGAGAAAAACCCAACAUUUAUUCAUUUAAUUUAAUGUUAAAAUGUGUAAAAGAAUGUGACUUAGGAAGUAAAGAAGACAUAGAACAGUUAUUAAGUGUUAUCCAAGGACAUGUGGCAUUGGACAGUUGUAAGAGUAAUCAAUUAUCACCAAAAGUGAAACAAAUAGAAGAUACUAAACAAAUUUUAUCAAGUCCAUUAGAAAACAUUCAGGUUUCUGAAAAACAGCAUACUGAUAACACAGAAGAACUUCCUAGAUUUGUUUCAAAUGAUGAAGAUGGCAAUGAUAAAAUAUCCCUAACAUUUGUAGACAAUGCAUCUAAACCUGUGCCUGUGACAGAGUUGAGAACAGUGCCAAAUUUGUUAUCCAGAAGUUUAAACAUUAGUCAAGUGUUAUCAUUACAGGAAGUGCACUCUCUUCAAGACAAAUUUGCUGUGUUGGGUGGGCAAGAUGACUUUUUAAAGGAAAUGGAGGUAUAUUCAGUCCAGCCUGAUAUCAAAACAUUUACACAAAUGCUACCUUUAAUUGAAGACACACCAGAAGCUGAAAUAAGGUUGCUAGAAACAAUGAAGAAAGAAGGAAUUAAAGCUGAUAUAGACUUUUACAAUAUGCUUAUUAAGAAAAGAUGUUUGAGAUCUGACUAUGAUGGUGCUUUUGAAGUAAAAAAUAUUAUACAACAGGAAAAUAAAUUUCGCAAGAAAAAAUAUGGAUUGAAAAAGAAACUCAAAUUAAAUAUGAAUAUUAUUACUUACGGUACUCUUGCACUGGCUUGCCGGACCAAAGAAAAAGCAGAAGAGUUACUUACCAAGAUGAAAGAGCAACAAUUGAAGAUCAAUAUUGUGAUCUUAGGAACAUUGCUGCGUCAAGGCACAGCAACCAGUAACUUUGGUUACAUACUGUAUGUGAUGAAUAUUGUAAAGGAAGAAAAUAUUAAGGUCAAUGACAUUUUUCUUAAACACUUAGAAGAAUUCAAUGACAAAUGUGUAUCAAUUAUUCAGAGUGAACAGAAGGGGCCGUCGAAUAUAUUUACCAAAGCAUAUAACAACUUUUCAAAAGUAUACAGUAAUUGGCUGAAAGAAGUAGAUGUUGUAUUGAAACCCGAACAUCCAUGGGCUCAGUUCCAGGAGUCUUACCCAGACACAGUGCAGAGAACAAACAUAAAAAUCAAGGAACCAAAUAAAUUUUAUAGAAAUAUCAAUAGAAAGAAGUAUAUUGAAUAUAAACCUAUUUAAAUAAAACAAAUUUAGUAUAA